AUACAAGUGGUGACCAAACCACAGAAAGACAUUUAUAAUUGCUAUAAGAAUGAACAAAAGCCCAAAGAGAUUAUCAAAAAUGUUUCGGGUGAAGUUAAGACGGGACAACUAUUGGCUAUAAUGGGCGCCAGUGGCGCUGGAAAAACAAGUCUAUUGAAUGUACUAACCGGUAGGAAUCUGUCUAAACUGGGUGUCCAGGGACAGGUGCUCGUGAAUGGGCAGGUGGUCACUGCGGCUCAAAUUGCAUCCAUUUCCUCGUACAUACAACAACACGAUAUGUUUCACGCGAUGCUUACCGUUCGGGAACACCUAAUCUUUCAGGCAUUAUUACGUAUGGAUAGGAAUAUGAGUAGACGUGAGAAAAUUGAUUCCGUGGAUCAUGUCAUACAA